CCCCCGGAGGCGGCCACUCCCUGUUAAUGACUUUGUAAGUUUCCAGCUGAUUUCGAUCUCCCAGUUCCUCGCGGACCUGAACCUCAAGACCUAAGUAUUUGGAGCCGCUCUAGGGGCAAGGAAAGCAGCCUACAGCCUCUCCUCGCCGCACCGGGGCGUCGGUCCAGCCCCCAGGUCUCGCGCAGAGACGCGGAAGUGCCCAAGUGAGGAAGAAGGCGGGAAGCCCUUUUGUUACCCAGAAUUUAGGAAACGAAAGUAGAAACCACGGGUUUCGUCACCGACGUCGCUCAGAAGACUGGGUAACUCCAGCCAAGGUUGUGUGUAAGGAGCACGCUCGAUCGCCAAGCGUUGGAAGCAGAGCACAGGCUCCGCUCCCGGGUUCCCGCAGCUCCUCUCACCGCAGGUAGCGCCGGAUCAGCUGUGCAGACAGGUCUUCUUUUUCAGAACUGUUUAAAUCAUGGACAAGCAAAAUGUGCAAAUGAAUCCUCCACACCCAGGAACAAAUUUAACAGGACCUCCAGGACAUAUUGGCUAUCCUGGCCCCCAGGCUGGCUAUGCGGUGCCACCACCUGGCUAUGCAAGUCCUGGCCCAGUCGGCUUUCCUGUCCAACACCAGCCAGUGACUGGUCACCCAGGAGCGCCCACACAGGUACCGUGGAUGCCAGCACCACUACCUCCAUUAAACUGCCCGCCAGGACUGGAAUAUUUAACUCAGAUAGAUCAGCUAUUGAUUCAUCAGCAAAUUGAACUUCUGGAAGUCCUGAUAGGUUUUGAAACUAAUAACAAAUAUGAAAUUAAGAACAGCCUUGGACAGAGGAUUUACUUUGCAGCAGAGGAUACUGAUUGCUGUACUCGAAAUUGCUGUGGGCCUUCUAGGCCUUUUACCAUGAGGAUUCUUGAUAAUAUGGGCCGAGAAGUCAUAACUCUGGAAAGACCACUACGGUGUACCAGCUGCUGUUUUCCCUGCUGCCUGCAAGAGAUAGAAAUCCAGGCUCCUCCUGGUGUCCCAGUAGGUUACGUUACUCAGACCUGGCACCCUUGCCUGCCGAAGUUUACAAUUCAAAAUGAGAGGCGAGAGGAUGUGCUAAGAAUCUCUGGUCCAUGUGUCAUCUGCAGCUGUUGUGCAGAUAUUGAUUUUGAGGUUAAAUCUCUUGAUGAUAAGUAUGUGGUUGGCAAGAUUUCCAAGCACUGGACUGGCCUUAUUAAAGAGUUAUUUACAGAUGUUGAUAACUUUGGCAUCCAGUUCCCGUUAGACCUUGAUGUGAAAAUGAAAGCUGUGAUGCUCGGCGCAUGUUUCCUCAUUGACUUCAUGUUCUUUGAAAUGACUAGAGGUGAACAGAGAGCAGGAGUGUGGUAGUACAUUCAUGAAAGUCUCAGAAAAUCUGAAGUCCGUAUAUCGAUUGGGACUAUGUAAAAAAAAAUUGGGUGGAUUUUUUCUUUAUGUAAAUGACUUAUUACAGCAUGUGUAAAUUAUACUAGGAUACCUGAAGCUUCAGGAUUAAUGAUUUUACUUUUCAAAUUAAAGAGUCUAUUUUCUAUAUCACUUACUUAUAAAUGUUUUUAUACAUUUUCUUUUUCAUAGUGCAUUUUGGAGAAAGGAUAUAGAAAUUUUUACAUUUAAACAUAACUUCCUACGAUGAAUUGCUUUAAACUAGAGUUUCUGCUUUGUUUUCAAUAUGUACAGCAAAAUUAAUUAAAGUCUUUUUAAAGUAAUACUAAUAUAAACAUACAUUAUUUUAUUAAAUCUAGUUAUUUCCUAUGUAACAACUGUUAUUUUGCAAAAAUGAUAUAUUCAAAAAAGUUCAAAAUGAACAUAAUUUUCAGUGUUUAUUUUUAUAAUUAUGCUCAAAUAAUACUCAAUAUUCAUAUUAUCAAGUGUAUUUUUUUGUUCAGAAAAUCACACUACGUUUAACUUCUAUAAUCUGCAGCUAUUAACAUUUUUAUAUUGACAAUACUAUAAAUUACCAAAUUUUGAUGAUUUUUCAUGAAUAAAAGAAUGAUUGUGUACCAAAGAAGGACACACUUAGAGAUUCACUCACUCUAAAACUGGGAUACUAUAAUAUUUUGAAGUAAUUAUUUAUAUAUGGAAUAAUUAGCUUCUGUUCUAUAUUCUUUCAUUCAUGGAAUGUAGUAGUUUUCAGAUCACUCAAGUGUUAAUUAAAUAGAACAUAUAUAUUCUGUCUGACUAUAAAUGUUUAUAAUGGUCUAUUAGAUUAUUUUUGCCAACAAUUAAAUAACUAAAAUAAAACAUUGCUGAUAUA